AUGUCCCGAAGCGUGCCUUGGCGGACCAAUUGUCCACAGGCUGUUAAGGACAUUUUUGACCGAUUGCCUUCUUGUCAUUUACUCCUGGUUAGGCGUAUUGGGCCCACAAGCUUUAUUUUGAGUGGACGCGAAGGAAGGGAGAAGUUUAGAACAUCUAUAGGUGAUCCUCACGAAUGCUCUUGUGGCGAUGGUCAAGAGUUAUGUCUUCAUAUUCUGUUUAUCUUAUGUAAAGUUUUUUUUUUACCAAGGGAAAAUCCAUUGGUUUGGCAGCGAUCACUUGUGGCUGCAGAAAUUGACGAAUUGUUGAGGGCCGAGAAACGGGUACGAAAUGUACAGAAUCAGACAGGAGCAACGGGAACUGUUGUCCCCAAGCAGGUUGAACAAGGUGAUGUGUGUCCAAUCUGCUUUGAAGAUCUUUGCAAUGAUAGUCCUUUAUGUUACUGUCAAGCAAGCUGUGGGAGACACCUUCAUGCAUAUUGUUUUAAACAAUAUAAGCGUCAUAAUUUUGGUGCCUUUUUGCGAUGCCCGUACUGUCGAAGCCUCUGGAUAAACGAUCCAAAUAAUACGAGCAAGAAAUGCUGUGGAUGCAAAAGGUACGCGGGAGGGGAACAAUAUAUUUGUUUAUUUUGCCAAGAUUACUUCCUAUGUGCGGAGUGUUUCCACUGUAGCGAUACUCAUUCGAACCAUCCCUUUUCGCUAUUAGGAGCUCGGGAUGUUGUGGAGAGACACGAUGGUCGAAGACCAUCACGCGUACAGCCCAUUCAGGAAGCCCCAACCCAAAUCCCUGCGGAGGUUCUUCCGUUAAUGUAUAGAGAGAUUAAUCCGAAUGAUUAUGAAGCGCUUAUUCAGCUUGACGAAAGAAAUAUUCGCCGGGUGUUAACGUUACAAGAAUUUAUGACACUUAAACGUGGGGGGUGGAAUUCCUCGUUUGAAACUGACACAUGUAUUAUAUGCUUAGAAUCCUUUGAUUCCAAUAGUAGUUGUGUUUGGCUAUUAUGUGGGCAUUUUUUCCAUACUUCAUGUGCUCGAAGAUGGCUAACAGAGCAUUCGGCAGUUUGUCCCGUGGAUCAUAGCUCAGUUAUAGUUUCUGAUGUUGAGGAUCAUGUGGCACAAAGGAGUUCAUCAAAUUUGCCUGUUCUGAGGUCUUAUAAUCGUCGACAAGGAAACCGACAGGUGCCUGCUGUGCAUUCUGCGGUUUCAAGAAGAACCGUACGUACAAUUUCUCGACGUAUCGAGAGACCGAGAGUUGCCAGUACCGUAUCUCUACCACCAAUUGAACUACAAGUUCUGUCAUUGGGGCAUUUGCAACGGCGUGAAGGAAAUUCCGUUCGAUUUUGUUACGGAGGCGCCUAG